UUACGUGGUUGACCUGUAGGAGGCGCUGUGGUGCUAUGGUGUUGCCAAGGAAACGACUCACAACAACCGGCGCAGCUCCACCAACGGCAGCAGCAGCCACAAAUGUCCUGUUUGUGCUCGUAGCUGUUGGAUGCGUCCCGUUCAGACUGAGUUAGGAAGUUGAGGAAGUUUUUCAGUUUGUUUCUGCAUGAACAAAGCUGGACAAUUAAACAACGACUUUGUCUUACUACAAGCUCAAGAAGCUCGCUGGUAUUCAGGAGGAUAUCACAGGAACAGAACAAAAGGACAAUAUUCCACAAUGGGGGUCUUGUGACUCUUAAGUUCAGCAGUAGUUCCUCAUAAAGCUCCAGCAGACCUCAGGAAAGGCUGGGGUGGUUUGAACUGUACCCUGGUGCAACAGGGAUGAUUGCAUCCCGUACAAAUGGUUAUGUGCAAGAAGCCUCCGCUCUGGCCGUGAGCCACAGGGAGCGGGCUGUGGACUGUCCGGGGCAGGAAGGUAGCCUCAACAAAUCUCCACACUGCAGCUCCCACAUGGAGAGGAUCCAGCAUUACCAGGAGGAGCUGAGGAAGCGGAAGGAGGAGGAUGGCAAGGGGAGGCAUGACAUCGAUCCCAACGCUUCGCUGAGGCUCAAGAAGCUCUCACAGAACCCAAAGAUCGGCAUUGACAAUCCCACCUUUGAGGGGAAGGAAAAGGCUACCAAUAAAGUGACUUGCCUAGAUCCUGUGUUGGAACUGGAUGAACUACUACAGGUUCUGAAGUGGGUCCAGCACAGCUUGAGUGACUCUCAGAGCCAGCAGGAUGUGGAAGUGAUAAUGCAACUCCUUGCUAAGGAGGAAUUCAGGAAUGCCUACACAAUCUACAACGUUCUGUCCCAGCAGACAAGCAGGAUCAGUCCCACCUCACCUCUGACAGUACAAGCACAGGAUCUCUGCCAGGAGGUCCAAAAGAUCCUCCAGACAAGUCAACAAAAGGAAGGUUUGGAGCUCAGCGCGCUGCUCACCAACCCCCAUCUCCAGGCACUGAUGCAAGCUCAUGACAGCGUAGCGGUGCAGGAAAUUGCAGAGGAAAGCGUGACCCAGUACCUCGGAGAGACAGUUAAAUUAGUGCGGCUGCAGAAGGCCAGAGACACUCCACUGGGUGCAACAGUGCGUAAUGACAUGGACAAUGUGGUGGUGAGUCGUGUAGUGAAAGGCGGCGCAGCAGAACGGAGCGGACUCCUCAGUGAGGGAGACGAGAUCCUGGAGAUCAACGGUAUUCCUAUUCGUGGAAAACACAUCAACGAAGUGCACGACUUACUGCAAGAAAUGCAGGGAACUCUGACCUUCCUCCUCAUCCCGAGCUCUCACAAUAAACCUGCUCCCCACAGACAAACUGUGAUGCAUGUGCGCGCUUACUUUGACUACGAUCCCUCUGAUGACCCCUUCAUGCCAUGUCGGGAGCUGGGUCUGUCCUUCCAGAAAGGAGAUAUACUCCAUGUCAUUAGCCAGGAUGACCCCAACUGGUGGCAGGCCUACAGGGAUGGAGACGAGGACAACCAGCCUCUGGCUGGCCUCAUUCCUGGUAAAAGUUUCCAGCAACAGAGAGAGAGUUUAAAGAAAACGACACCAGACAAAAGUCGAGAGCAGCAAGGGAAGAUUUGGUGUUCAAAGAAAAGCAAGAAACUGAGAAGAAGGAACACAUCAACCUUGAACAGAAACACUGACUACGAUGAUGUCCUGACCUAUGAGGAAAUGUCCCUGUACCACCAGCCCGCUAAUCGGAAACGCCCCGUAGCUCUGGUCGGCCCGGCCAACAGCGGCCACGACGAGCUGCGGCGGAGACUUUUAUCCGUCGAGCCGGAUAAGUUUGCCGUUGCUGUUCCACACACAACCAGAAGCCCAAGGAUACAUGAGCGAAAUGGACGCGAGUACCACUUUGUCAGUCGCUCGUCCUUCGAGGCUGACUUGGCUGCAGGGAAGUUCAUUGAGUCAGGGGAGUAUGAGAAGAACCUGUACGGCACCAGCACUGACUCUGUCCGACACGUCGUCAACUCCGGACGCAUCUGUUUGCUCUGCCUUCACACAAGGUCUUUGCAAGUACUGAGGUCGUCCAACCUCAAGCCAUAUGUCGUCUUCAUUGCUCCUCCUUCUCAAGAACGACUACGCACCCUGCUGGCCACAGAGGGGAAAACACUAAAACCGGAGGAGCUAAAGGAGGUCACUGAAAAAGCCCGCGAGAUGGAGCUGAAUUACAGCCACUUCUUCGACGCGACCGUCGUUAACUUUGAUCCAGACCAGGCGUUCCAGGAGUUUCGGAGAUUAGUAGAUAAACUGGACACUGAGCCGCAGUGGGUGCCGUCGUCUUGGCUCUGCUAGAGGUGGCCGUGUCCAGACACGAAGAAUCUCAGUGAACGAGAAGGUAAAGAGGAGACGGACAGUAUUACAGUGACACUGAAUUUUCACUUGCACAUUUUUUUUUUUCCUUUUUUGAAGCUUAAUUGCUACAGGAUGCUGCAGAGACAGACACUGUUGUAUUUGAUUGUCUUUUGUAGAUUGUUUUCUUCUAUUUUUGUGAUGGCUGUUCAAGGUCUUAGUUUUAUGCAAAAUCUUUUGUUUUCCAGAUAGACUCAUUUCUAUGCUAUUUCUUUGACUUAUUUAUAAUUGUAAAUAUAUAUUCUUUAGACAGAGAGGUGAAAUAUUUUAUUGUUACGCCAGAAAUUGCGCAUUUGACACAUUUUUAAAGGCAUUCUGGUGAAACAUCGAGCCAAAACAUCAUCAGGCAAAGAACUGAGUAGAAAUAGAUUCAUUGGAUUUAGUGUGAAGUCUCCCAUCUGCUGUUGAUGUCUCAGUGUCAGUAUUGUCUCAUAUGCCUUACAAAGGUACUUAUACUUAUCGAACUUUUUACCAUUUUGUCACAUUUCACGUCAAAUGUCAAAUAACUUCCUUGGAUUUCUUGAGACAGAUAAACACAAAUUAGAAAAUAACCAUAAAGUAGAUGAAAAGGGUUAUUUAUCAUUUGCCAAAAAAAAAUCUAAUCAAUAGGAGAUUCUCUGUGAAUAUGAAUUUUAAAGUCUUGCCACAGAUUCUAAAAUGUAUGUAGGUCUGCAUAUGUUAAAUUAAAGUAAGGCUGCAACAAA